AUGGCCGUCCCAUCCAGGCGAAAGUUGUUACUGUUUCUAUGCGGAUGGUGUUGGUGCUGGGCAGCGGUAGCUAUCCAAAAUGAACCGGUGGAUCAGCUUGGACCUUUUCGCGGAUCCUCAAAUUUGAACGCGGGAGAACAGCUAAGGACUUGCUGGAAUGCACUCUACGACCCGGCCCCCGUCGGAUAUACAGAUUGGCUAGCCGGGGGGCCCGCACGGCUCUACCUCGUGGACGUGUGGUGGCCAGCUCGCCCCAGUAAUCUGCCCAUGACUGUCUUCACGAUGGCGUCCAUGGAUAGGUUGCACUUGCUGGAAGCGCAGUGCCGAGGUUACAAGGGCCCUUUGUCGGCGGCGAUUUACCUACCUCUGCCGACAACAGGUGCCAUGUCGCCGGUCGCAGCGGUCAAAGGUGAUGACGCCGGUGACGGCGAAGCUCCUUUGGCGGUGACGUUGCGGCCUGCACGUGCGAAUGUAAAAGGUGGCGACGUCAUGGUGGAUAGGAAGGGGGUGGGGAAGGCGGCGGCGAAGGGAAGGGGAACGAAUGGGCUAGCAGACCGCAGGUCACUCUUGGGCACCGACGACACCGCAAUCGACAAGCUCAUGCUCCGACAACACGGCGCACAGCUCAGUGCGGCGCGGGAGAAAAUUCAGGCUUUCUUCGACCGUGUGCAAGUGCUGCGCGCUAACCACUCCAGCUCCAGCUCCUUAUCCCCUGUCUGCGAUUUACGUCUCAUGCUGUUUGCGGAGCGCGUAUCGGACCUCCAGUUGGCGGCCAUCAUGCCCACCAAUGUGCUGCGAAACGCCGCGGCUCUGGCGGCCCAGACGGAUUUGGUCGCGAUGCUGGACGCGGACCUGGGCGUGAGUGCGACCUUCAACAUGCUGGUCAGCGACGUGGACCGGCUCCGGAACCUCUUCCAGGAGGCAGCUGAGAGGCCGGCCUUGUAUGUCGUACCCGCGUUUGAGCCUAACCCGCUCAUGGAGAUGGAGACGGCCAACGGAGUCAGCGAUGCCGCGCUCUCAGGUUCUAAGGCCGACCUGAUAGCGCUCUGGUCCAACUCAACGGUUAAGGUGUUCCACGUCGAUGGUUGCCGGCAAUGCCACAAGCAGAUCAACCAUAUGGUGUGGGCGAGAUCUAACGAGUCUUACGAGGUGCAUUUCGCACGUAACUUUGAGCCUUGGGGCAUCCUGCCAAGGUUCAAGGACCCUGGCUACGAUGAGCGCUUUCGUGGAUGGGCCUUUGAUAAAAUUCAGCACGUCGAGUCGCUGGCGCUGUUCAAGGACUUCCGCUUCGUAAUUUUGCCAGACGUCUGGAUUAUCCACCGGCCACAUCCAAAAGUCGCGAUAGCAAGAAUCCAUGCCCAACAUCAACAAACGCGAAACAGUAAGGAACAGCAAGAAGAGGGAAAAUCAAAUGACCAGGUCAACGUACUUCUAGAGCAGGAACUCAGUCUCAAGGAUGGUCGCACCGGAACAGCGUACAAAUUCUACAUGUCGUACGUACAUUCGCUGAUCCGCGCAGAGCGGUCGGUGCUUGAGGGCAGCAACAGAGCGAAGUACGGCCCCCAACUGAAUCCACAACUGCUGUACUGCAAGUCCAAAUUGCCAUGGUGGCAAUCGCCCACCCUCAAAUAG